AUGAUGGGGAUUGACGAGCUCCGAAGCCUCUGUGCCAGUGCCUGGGACACGCCUCAAGCCGACGGCCUCCCUAACAGCUAUGAAGACGACGGCUCGCAUCUUUUCAACGAUGCCAGCACCUACUUCAGACCCCCUCAAGCACCAGCCAGUCCUCCCAUGGAAUAUUCUGACUUCGCAUCCUACUACAACAAUGGCGAAACGAGCGUCUUGGACCAGUUCAACCAGUUGCCCGCCUCGAUGAUCAACCAAGAGCUCACCCUUUCCACUUUCGAGCACAAUGCUCUCCCCCAACACCAAGCUUCCCUCCAGGGCCAUGGCCCUCAGCAUGAAGCUCUCCCCCAGCAUCCCACUGACUGGGCCAUCACGGAGCAGCACGACAGCUUAACCCCCGUCACCCGCUCGACCACCCCCGAGCUCCCCUUCACAGCCAACCUCUCCUCCAUCAACACCAAUGGCGCGUACGUCGUCCCAGGCGGCUUCGCCUCCAAGCUCGCCUCCGCCCUCCCCAUCCCCUCCACCGUUCCCGCUGCCGAGCGCGCCGUCC